CCUUCCGGUCAGAAACCGGAAGCGCAGUGAGCGUGGCGUCUAAGACGCUGGUUCUCUUGUGGCUCCCGGCAGCUGGGCCCGAUCCCUGUCGCGGCUCCUCGGGUCCCGUUUUGCCUCGCCUCCUCUGGGCCGAGGCGAUGGGGGACUCCAAGGAGGCUGGGGCCGAGUCUCCACCGGCCGGGGCCGCUGCUCGGGGAGGGCUCAGCCUCCUGUCCCAGGGAGAAUCCGAGGAACCUUCUGCACAGGGAUCAGCUUUAUUUCUUGGAGGCAAUGAAGUAAAGAGCCGAGCUGUGGUGAAAUACUCUUCUGCACCUCCUCGAACAGCAUUUGCACGCCUUGAAGAGAAAACAGACUUGAAACUCCCACCUGCCAACUGGUUACGGGAGAGUGCCAAACUAGGGCCGGCAGGAGCCACCAUUCUUGGCAAUAGUAAGAAAAGCAAGCCGUUUUCAAGCUUUGGAAUGGCAUAUGACUUUAUCGAUUCUGUGGGAAAUGAUGUGGACGUUGUCUCUGACUCUGAAAACAUAAAAAAGCUCCUGAAGAUUCCCUACAGCAAGUCCCAUGUGAGCAUGGCCGUCCACCGCAUAGGAAGGACUCUCCUACUGGAUGAGUUGGAUAUUCAAGAACUCUUCAUGAGAUCAUCUCAGACUGGUGACUGGACGUGGCUGAAAGAGUUCUACCAGCGGCUCAUCGAUCAGAAGUGGCAGCGGAAGAAGAAGAGCAGAGAGCACUGGUACCAGAAGGCCAUUCUCUCCAAGUUUCUGUAUUACAGCAUCAAUGGCGACAGCGCCGCUCAGCCUGUGCCUGCCGCUGCAGAGCAGCAGGAGCCUUCCAGCCCAGACCAGACCCCGGAUUCCCAGGGCGCGUCCUGGCCUGCCCCCUUUGAGAUGCCUUCUCCGGUCUCAGAGGAUCCCAGUGCCUCCAGUCAGGGAAGUGAGCCUCUUGAACCCUCAUACAUAGUGGGGCCUGUGGCCUCAGCGCCCACAGAGCAAAACCUGACUACUUUGUUCAAUGACGGGGAGAACAGUCAGGGUCUUAAAAACGAUUUUGUCCGGAAUAUCUUAUGGACAUUUGAAGACAUACAUAUGUUAGUUGGCUCCAAUAUGCCUAUAUUUGGAGGAGGCAGAUACCCAGCAGUCAGCCUACGGCUCCGGGACAACAACAAGCCGAUUAACGUGCUAACUGGAAUUGACUACUGGUUGGACAACUUGAUCUGCAAUGUCCCAGAGCUCGUGAUGUGUUUCCACGUCAAUGGAAUCGUACAGAAGUAUGAAAUGAUAAAAACAGAAGAGAUUCCCAAUUUGGAAAACUCUAACUUCUCUACGAAGGUCAUAAAAGACAUUGCCCAGAAUAUUUUAUCGUUUCUGAAAUCUAACUGUACCAAAGAAGGCCAUACCUAUUGGCUGUUCAAAGCCAGCGGCAGCGACAUAGUGAAGCUCUACGACCUCACUACGCUCUGCGAGGAGACCGAAGACAAGUACCAGAACCCGUUCACCAUGCCCGUGGCGAUCCUCUUGUAUAAGGUUGCUUGCAACAUGAUGAUGAAGAAGAAUCAAAAUAAGAAACACUACGGAACGAUUAGAACGUUGCUUCUUAAUUGUGUCAAGUUGUUGGACAAGAGCAGACACCCUCAGAUUAUUGCUUCAGCCAAUUACAUGCUUUCAGAACUUUUUCAAUUAGAUGAACCUAAAAAGGAAGAAAGUUCAGAAUCCCCUUUAAAUGAAAAUUCUGAUGAAAGUUACAGUGAAGAGGAGGAAGAGAUGCCAGACAGCGAUGAAAACGGAUCCUACAGCGCCGGUUCCGAUCCGUCCGAUGAUAACAAAGCAGUAGCUGUUAUUAAGUCUGUGGGAGAAUUGUCAGUUCCAGAAAAAUACAAGUCCAUUCAUCAAAUCCGACCCAGUUGCACGUUUCCGGUCUGCCAUGACACGGAGGAGCGCUGCAGACUUGUGCUCAGCUACGUUCUGGAGGGGUUAAAAUCUGUGGAUAGCAGCAUUAAAAAGGAAAGCGACCUUCCUGCAGCUGACCCCAACACCCCGAUCCCAUUAAAAUAUGAAGAUGAAUCCACAAGGGGGGGUCCUGAGGGUCUGGAGAAGCAGAUGGCCCUGUUUUUGGACAAAAUGGGCUCCCUUCAGAAGGGUAAUUAUUCCAGUCAAUCUGGAAUGAUCCCUGGUUCUUGGCAACAUAAAAUGAAACUCCAGCUGAUUCUCAAGUCAUCAAAGGCCUAUUAUGUUUUGUCUGAUGCUGCCAUGAGUCUUCAGAAAUACGGAAGAGCGUUACGGUACAUUAAGUUAGCUUUGCAGAGCCACGACACCUACUGCUGCCUCUGCACCAACAUGCUCUCGGAAGUGCUGCUGUUUCUCUCGCAGUACUUGACGCUGUGCGGGGACAUCCAGCUCAUGCUGGCCCAGAACGCGAACAACAGGGCGGCGCAUCUGGAAGAGUUUUACUACCAAACGAAGGAGGAUCAGGAGAUCCUGCACAGCCUCCACAGGGAGUCCCCUUGUCAAGGAUUUGCGUGGGCAACUGACUUGUCCACAGACCUAGAGAGCCAGCUGUCCGUCAGCUGCAAGUGUUACGAAGCUGCUAACGAGAUCUUGCAGUUCAGUGACUUAAAAAGCCAGAACCCGGAACACUAUGUACAGGUGUUGAAGAGGAUGGGUAACAUCAGAAAUGAGAUCGGCGUGUUCUACAUGAACCAGGCCGCCGCCCUGCAGAGCGAGCGCGCGGUGAGCAAGAGCGUGUCUACUGCGGAGCAACAGCUGUGGAAAAAAAGCUUUUCAUGUUUUGAAAAAGGAAUUCACAACUUCGAGUCCAUCGACGACGCUACCAACGCGGCGCUUCUGCUGUGCAACACGGGGAGGCUCAUGCGGAUCUGCGCGCAGGCGCACUGCGGCGCCGGCGACGAGUUCAAGCGGGAGUUCUCGCCGGAGGAGGGCUUGUAUUAUAACAAGGCUGUGGAUUACUAUCUGAAAGCGCUAAGGUCCCUGGGAACGCGAGACAUCCACCCAGCUGUUUGGGAUUCAGUGAAUUGGGAACUGUCCACGACGUAUUUCACCAUGGCGACGCUGCAGCAGGAUUACGCUCCGUUGUCUAGAAAAGCUCAGGAGCAGAUUGAGAAAGAAGUGAGUGAGGCGAUGAUGAAGUCCCUGAAACACUGUGACGUGGACUCCGUGUCCGCUCGCCAGCCUCUGUGCCAGUAUCGCGCGGCCGCCAUCCAUCACAGGCUGGCGUCCAUGUACCACAGCUGUCUGAGGAACCAGGUCGGUGACGAGCAUCUCCGGAAGCAGCACCGGGUGCUGGCGGAGCUUCAUUACAGCAAGGCCGGCAAGCUCUUCCAGCUUCUGAGGGGUGCCCCCUGCGAGCUGCUGCGCGUGCAGCUGGAGAGAGUGGCGCUCGCGGAGUUCCAGAUGGCCGGUCAGAACAGCAGUGUCGGCAAACUGAAAACCCUGUCGGGGGCUCUGGACAUAAUGGUGAGAGCCAAACACGCCUUCCAGCUCAUCAGAAAGGAGCUGGCCGAGGAGUUUGACCAGCCGAAGAGCGAAGAGGGCGCCCCGGCUGCGGACUCCUCGCCCGGACUCAGUCGGGAAGAAGUGAUCAAGCUCCUCAGCAUAUUUGAAUCUCGGCUCUCAUUCCUUCUCCUUCAGUCCAUCAAACUGCUGUCUUCCGCUAAGAAGAAAGCGAGCAGUAAUACGGAAGAAGACGUGGGGCUCAAAGCCAACAAGCAGAUUUACUCCCAGCUCCUGAGAGCCACCGCCAACAGGAGCGCCACUCUCCUGGAGAGAAUCGACGUCCUCGUCCACUUGCUGGACCAGCUUGCUCGCGGCAGCGGCCAGUGACUCGGGCCUCAGGCUCCGUGCACGGCGACACUGUCAGUGCCUUCUGCCCUCGGGACUGGCAUGUCCAUUCGGUGCUUCGUGUCAUUAAAAGGAGGGAAGUGGCCACUGGAACAGGCACAGCAGUGGAAACAGCUCUCUCCCCAGACGGCGUGUCGUGGGGGCGUUCUUCGCUUCAUCUGAAGUGAAGUCAGAGUCGGCCCGAGGCCCCCCGCGUGGCUUCUCGGAGACGUGUGUGGACCUGGCGUCCCCGCGCUGCUGUGACGCACAUAAGCUCGUAAACAGGUUUCAGGUCCGAUAGGCUCCAUGGGGUUAAGGUAGAACUGUUUUAGAUGAUGCUACUUUGGUCAGGGGACUUCACCUAGUGGUUCAGGCGGGUUGGAGAAGCUUCCGCGUCUACAGUGCUUCUCGAUCGCUCGGAAGGCGGCCCCCCGCCCCCCGGGGCGCGCGGGGCUCUGCGGUGGGGUGCUUGGGGCGCGCUGAGGGCCGCCGCUGCUCUCCGGCGGGCUGGACAGCCGAUCAAGGACAGGCACUGCUCCCCCUUCCUUCACUGUAACUGGAAACUGUGAAUAAGGUAAGAAAACUAUUUUGAAUAAAUAAAUUAUUUAUUUAAAAUGUC